AUGAUGGCAUCGAAAUUAUCAUUACUUACAAACACCUCAUUUCUCGAAAGAGCAUCGUCGGAAGCUUCAGACAAUCGUGUGUACUCCACUCCACCAGAAUCUAGUCCACCCAUCGUUAGCCCUCAGGAAGCCAAAGUCCGAGACUGGGACGACCAGGGAAGGUAUAGCCCUGGAGCCGUGGUGGCUAGCCGCCUAGCUGGACUGGCAAUACGGGGCGAUUUCCACCACCAGCUCCCCGAUCGCAGUCUCCACCAACCAGCCUUUAAGCCUCUUCUGCAGGCAAAAGACCUUCCUCAGAAUUCGAAUCUUCAUGGCUUUCAUGACAUGCCCGACUCGGACUCCUCUGAAGCUGCGAAGCCCGUUUCUCCACCGCUAAAUGACCGUGCUCCCUCUCCAACCUUGGCCGCAGGCGGCAAGUCUCCUAAAAAUCUAGGAACGCCCUUGAACACUCCGAGGCAACACUCUAUAAGCCCCCAAAAGACGAGAAGCGCUCCUGCGUCUGCCAAAGUGCGCAGUCCAGGCAGAUCGCCAACACCACCCGGAGCUAAGAUCGAGGACUUGCUUGCUUGGAGCGACUCCGAGAUAACCGGUCACAAUCCGACCGAUCCUGACGAUGACGGCUACGGUAUCAACGGCAUAGGCUUUAAGCCUACUGCGGCAAUUGCUUGGGCUCGGUCGCAGAAAAGAAAGAAGCAAGUUGCAGAAUGGAAAAGUCGAGAAGCAAGGGAAGCGCGCGAGAGGCGCAGAGAGCGACGGGUUGCCAACAACAUGGAUCAGUUGCGGACAGUUCAGUCAGGCGGCAUACAGAAGAAGGUUAAGUUCGACGUCUAA